UUUGGCAUGAAACAAUUAAAAAUUUAAUGGGGAAAUAUUUGUACGUAUCUAAUCUUAACAAUGCCAUUGGCCCAAAAAAUAUUCUCAAGAAUGUCAGUUCAAAACGCUGUCGUUGCUACAUUUUUAAGAACUACGAAAAUUUGAAGAUGACGAAAUGUAGAGCAGAGAAAGAAGACAGAAUGGAGGAAUUGAGGAAGCUAGAACAACUCCAUAGAACUCUUACAUUUAUGCAAUCGCAUAACUUUGUUUCUUCUUCAACCCUCGACUCCAACCGCUUCCUCGCCAAUCUCAUCCUUCUCUUAUUACAACCAUGCGGCGAACUCAAUCUUGACGCCAAAUGCAGUUUAAUUUCCGAAUAUAUACCAAAAAUUUCGGUUACCUUUCUGGAAGAAGCAUCACAAUGGGUUAGUUUGGAAACUGAUGAAAGAGAUUCUCAAGAGAUUAAUAAUCCGCCCGAUAAGACGGAUUGCCUUUCGUUGCAGAUAAACCAGGAGGAGGUAGCAAUGGUGGGACUCGAAGCAAUGGAACGAGCAAGUUCUACACUAGAGGACUUUUGCAGAUCUUAUUUUAUGUUUCAUGGAAUGGACAUAAGCAGCCCACAAAUGAUAUUUAAAUAUUUUCCUGUCCUUGCAUUCACUGAAAGCUACAUUUAUCAGUUAGAUGGUUUGAAUGAGAAGAUACUGUGUGUACCAACAGAAGGAGGUACUGCUCUAGCAAAAGAAUUUGAGAAGGGUUGUGCUGAAACAUUUGCAAAUGUGUUAGAAAAGGAUCCAUUCAGACCACUUUUAAAUGUACUUGAAUGCCGAGGACUCCUUACUAAGAGGAUCAGAGAAGAAUUUAGGUCUGGAGAAGAGUACUGGGCUUUGGAAAGAAGGCUAUGUUGUGCACUAAUGUUCAAAAUAGAGAUCUCUAUUGAAGAUGUAAUGAGGGCAAUUCAUCUAAAAUCGUUUGACUAUCGAGUGCUGAAUCUUCUUCUGUAUCAGUUAAGAGGAGAAGAGGUUAAUGACUUGCACAUGGAAUUCCUGUCUGUCUCUGAAUUCCUGGUAGAAAUAUCAGAUGACCUGUUUGACUAUGAGGAUGACGUAUUAGAAAACAAUUUCAAUAUUUUGCGCAUGUUUGUCAAAAUAUAUGGACCUUCAACAGCCCCAACUAUGUUGGCAAAAUACAUAACAGAUGCUGAAGAGAGGUAUGACAAUUUAUUGAAAAGUUUGGAUCCUCAUCUGUCCUCAAAAUACCAGAGAAGAUGUGAAGAAGCCACUAAAGAAGGUGGCAAGGUUUCAGAACACCCUCUUGGAACAUGGAGUAUUCCACCUCUGAUUGUAAAUGAGGAUCUCUAUCGAUCCAACUGUCUAAAUACUGAAUGAACAACUUAGAGUUUUUGACUUUUUUUUUUGUUUGUAUCAUCUAAUUUAAUUGCACAAUAUUCAUAAGAAGCCUUUAGUUUAGGAGAAAGAGUAUAACCUUCAUAUAUCUAACCCUACACGGAUUUGGACUAAGCACAUUUUUGGGCUCCAGAAGUUAAUUUGGGCACGAAAUGUAGACUGAAAAGUUGAACCAUACUGAAUCGAAUCGAGGCCGAGAGCAGUUGGAUUAGAAAGGCAUUGAGGGUUCCCUACAGGAACAAAGCUAGCUGAGUAAUCACUGCUGCUACGUUUUGAACUACCUUUAAUCUUUUACAUCCAACAGCAACAGCAUGCAGCUGCCAUCAGCAUCUUUCCUCCCACAAAGCAUGUGCCAUCUGCUCUGCCAUUUGCAAUUUUUCACACCAUGUUUGAUACAUGCAUGUAAUGAUGUUCGGAUGGAGGACCACUAUGCCAAAAACUUUUAACACCCAGGCUCAGCACUUAUUCAUAUUCUUCUUUUAACACUUUUUGGUGAUGGAUAAUUCAUAUUAUAUAGCAAGAUUCCUGCAAAGUCAGCUACGUCGUCGCAUAAUGUAAUAAGUCAUUAGAUGUAUGUAUAUAUUUUAUUCAUUCUAAAUUUGGGAAGCAUUUAUAUGAUUUAAAUAACAUAUAAGGACUGAUAAAUUCAUGUACAUCUCCAAUCUAUCAAGAAAUUUUUUUAUUGAUUAAAAAGCUUGGCAUUGGAAAAUCAACACCGUUGAAUCUAUCUGAUCAUCUGAUCACAUGUGAACCACUUUGUACCAUCUUAUUCUCAUAUGUAACCUCAGUAUGACAAGUCUUCUGCAGCUAGCAGCAACAAGCAGUUGCACAUUAAUCAUCAGCUUUUCCUUUUCUUCCUUAAAAAAUGUAUGCUCCAUAAAAUGAAAAAAAAA